GAAGAGGUGGAUGACUUGUUCGGUGAUGAUGAGGAGCAAAAUGACCAACAAGAUAAUAGACAAUCGAAUGAAGACGAGUCUGAAAAUUCUCAAGAUGAAGAUGAAGAAACUGAAUUAAAGACGAUUGAUAUAUCUUUACCACGUCAUGCUGUCACUAGCAAGGCCGAGGAGGACACUUAUAUUAUUAAAGUUCCUGUUUUUCUCAAUAUUGAAGCCCAUCCAUUUGAUCCAAAUGAAUUUAAAGAACAAGUUCAUCAAAAUGCAAUUAAUAGAAAUAAAAGUACAAUGAGUGAAAAACAAAUGAAAAAUGAUUUAGUUGCUGAAAAACUAUUAAAUGAAAAUAGUAUAAGAUGGAGAUAUUCCAAUAGUGGGGAUGAUGAAAUUAUUAAACAAUCAAAUGCACAUUUUGUUGAAUGGGAUGAUGGUUCAAUUUCAUUAAAAGUUGGUAAUGAAUUAUUUGAUUUUAAAACUUUACCUUUAUUUGAUAACUUUUUAGUUAAAACCCAUGAUACUUACGAAAUCUUACAAAAUGAUUCCAUAUUAAAUAAAUCUGCUAAUUUAUUACCAUCCUCAACUUUCACUUCAACCCACCGUAAAUUAACUGAAGCUUUAAAAUACACCCAAAAGAAGGAUACUAUUUUAAAUACUAUAACUGAAAAAGAUCCAGAAUUGAAACAAAGGUUGGCUGAUGAAAACGAAAGAAAAACUAUGAAAUUGAAAAGACAAAUUGAACAAAGAAGAAGAUUGCAAGAAGAAAAAUUGGGUAAAUCUUCCAGUCCUGCUCCUGGUGGAAGAAACAAUUAUGAAUCAGCUUAUGAAAGAUUUGAAAGAACUUAUGCAAAUGAAGAUUACGAUGAUGAAGAUGAUUUUGUAGCAAAUGAUGAUGAUGAAGUUGAAGAAGAAGAAGAUGGUGAAGAUUUUGAUGAUGAAGAAGAUGAAUUUGAUAAAGGUGCCGAAAGAUUGAAAAAAUUAAAAGAUGACGGUGAAGCCAAAUAUAAAAAGAAGUCUUCUUCCCCCUCUGAUGAUGAAGGUGCUACUCAAAGGAAAAGAAGAAGAAUCAUUGAUAGUGAUGAAGAUGAU